UUGAUUUUUUUCCCCCGCCCACGACCGCAGGCCAUGCGAGGCCGGGACAGCCUCCUCCGCGAAUUCGCCGCCGUCAACGAGCAGAUCCAGGCCGCGCUCGACCAGCUGCCCUACCACGACUUCGACAUGCCAGAGGAGGUGCAGGAGCAGGUGGCGCUGGUGCACUCGCAGUUCAAGCGGGCGGCGACGAGGGCGGAGCCGGCCGACGCGCAGCUCGCCAGGGACCUCGCCUGGGCGCUCAGCGACGACAAGCCCACCGUGCCGGCCCUCCUCAUGAGGGUCUCCGAGAAGCUGCAGCUCGAGACCAUGGCUGACAUGAAGCGCGAGUCCGUGGCGCUGCACGAGAUGGUCAUCUCCAGCGGCGGCGAGCCCGAAGGCUGUGUCGACGAGAUGUCCUCCCUGCUCAAGAAGCUCAAGGACUGUGUCAUCGCCCAGGCCCCCUCCGCCGAGGGUCCCGGUGUGGGCAGGUCUCCCUCCGUGAAGUCCCCCAUCAUCCCAGACGAGUUCAGAUGCCCCAUUUCGCUCGAGCUGAUGCAGGACCCCGUCAUCGUCUCCAGCGGCCAGACGUACGAGCGGUCCUGCAUCCAGAAGUGGCUUGAUUCUGGGCACAAGACCUGCCCCAAGACGCAGCUGGCCCUCACGCAUACUUCCCUCACCCCAAACUUUGUCCUCAAAAGCCUGAUAGCGCAGUGGUGCGAAGCCAAUGGCAUCGAGCUUCCCAAGAACAAAGCCAACUCCCAUGACAAGAAAGCGGUCAAAAGCUCCGACUAUGACAAUGCUGGUCUCAUCUCGCUGAUGAAUAGGCUGCGGGGUGGGAACCAGGACGAGCAACGGGCAGCUGCGGGGGAGAUCCGGUUGCUUGCCAAGAGAAACGUGAACAACCGGAUAUGCAUCGCUGAAGCAGGGGCCAUUCCGCUGCUGGUCAAUCUGCUCUCCUCUUCCGAUCCAAGAACGCAGGAACACGCCGUCACGGCACUCCUUAACCUCUCCAUCCAUGAGAACAACAAGGCAAGCAUCGUGGAUUCCAAUGCCAUCCCUAAGAUAGUGGAAGUGCUAAAAACUGGGAGUAUGGAAGCCAGAGAGAAUGCCGCGGCCACGCUGUUUAGCCUGUCAGUUGUGGAUGAAAAUAAGGUCACUAUCGGCGCUGCUGGUGCGAUACCUCCGCUCAUCAAUCUUCUGUGCGACGGGAGCCCAAGAGGCAAGAAAGAUGCGGCAACGGCAAUUUUCAACCUGUGCAUAUAUCAGGGCAAUAAGGUCCGGGCGGUGAAAGCUGGAAUCAUCACCCAUCUGAUGAACUUCUUGGUGGAUCCCACUGGGGGAAUGAUUGACGAGGCGCUCACUCUUUUGUCGAUUCUUGCCGGUAAUCAAGAAGGCAAGUCUGUAAUUACACAAUCAGAGCCAAUGCCUUCACUAGUCGAGGUGAUCAAAACUGGCUCUCCUCGCAACAGGGAGAACGCGGCAGCCAUUCUUUGGUCUCUCUGUUCUGCUGAUGCUGAACAAACCAUGGCUGCAAAGGCAGCUGGAGGGGAAGAUGCACUCAAGGAGCUGUCAGAAACCGGCACAGACCGCGCAAAAAGGAAAGCUUCUAGCUUACUUGAACUCAUGCGCCAAUCAGAAGAGGCAUGAAUCGGGCAACAUAGAUUUGUUCAAACGCGAGGAUUUUUAAUUAUUAAAGGAAGCGACAAGGAAUCCCUUGGGUAGCUCUGCUUUGUGGGUGAUGUGUCUGGUGGCUUCACUCUGAAGUAAGUUCCUUCUCAGAAAAUUGUUACUGCAUUUUAGUUUCUGUUUCCAUUGUUUGUGUGUAAAUCUCAAGUAUGGAUUACUAGGUUAAUGUGGCUUAGCUUCUUUAGAGUUAAAUACGCACAUCAUGCAGCUAUAUACUAAAUUACCAUCUAAUUUAUAGGAAAAACAUUGAGCAAUAUUUUCUCUUAAUAAGUAAAACAUGAUGGGACAGGAUAUUGGUAUGAUACGUAAUCCAUUUCGAGGUGAGGUAUGCACAAUCAUUUUCUGAGUCAACAUGCAGGGCUGUAUAUGAGCAUGUGCAACAGGAGCGACCGAACAGGGCCCCCAACACCAGAGGGCCCCCCUUUUUUUGUUAAUCAAGGUGUUAAUUGAAGCAUUAGGUACUUACUAGAGUAAAGAAUCACACACACACACACACACACACACACACACACACACACACACAAACACACACACACAAAAGGUACUAGAGAUAUUUUACACCAAGCCACCCUAUGCAUUUCUCUCUAAUCAUGAUCCAUCAGUUCCUCUCAGCUCUCUCUCAAUCUUACAGCUCUUCCAACAUAGCAUAGUACAGCUAAAAAAAAGCAAAUCAGGUACGUGCUAUCUACAAGUCUUCUAAACUUCUGCUUUCAACUGGUGUAUUUUUUUAUGGAAAACUACACUGGCUGACAAAAAAUAUUAUUGUUUCUUUAGUACUUAGGGCCUAAUUUUGAUUUGCACGGGGCCUCCGAUUUCCCCGGUACGGCCCUGUCCACAUGCAAGCAACCCUUUGUUGGGGGACGUAUUCAGUGCAUUAAGGAUCAUGGGUACAGUACUCGUUUAAUUCACAUCAAUAGUCACGAUUUUCUUUUUGGUAGAAAUCAUACACAUACUUCUAAAAGUACUCUGCCUAUCAACUUCGAGUAUGACAUAUGUUAGGAUUAAGAAUAAUUUUUUUUGAAAGUUCUGAAAAAAUUCCGUCAUAUCCCCUUUUUGCCUGUAGGCUUUUUGCUAAUGUUAUCACGGGGCUCCUUUUGGAGCUCUAGUUAGUGUACUUGCAUCCAUGGGAAUAGCAUAGAAUCUUCAAUAAGCAGUUGCUGCUGCCUCACUAUUCUCCAGUGGAUCCAGACAAAACGAAUGGUGUCAUUGCAUAUGCAAUGUUUUGACCAUGUGGGAUAGGGUGGUUAGCAAUCUCAAUUUAUCAAAAAGAGUAAAAAACUGUUCGCAAACAGAAGAUUCACAACAGCUCCCGAACACUGAGCCAGCUAUAUGCUGGAACGCCAAGAGAGGAGUGAAGAAUCCAUGAACUCAAACUGUCAAUUCUGUGCUCAAAACAAAAGUAGACGUGGUGUCGAUCAUGUCACACAAUUCGGUGGCACUGGCAGCUACUUGCAAGCUACCAGCGGUUUUAGAAGAAAACCGAGGGAGAAAAUGUUCAAAGGGGAAACACAUCAGAGUGAGUAGAGGCAAGAUGCCAAGAUGUGGCCACUGCACCAGCAGGAUAUAUAUCAUCACCGCAUUAUUAGGAUAUUUGAAACACACAACAUGUUGUGACCAUAACUAGAUGUCUAGAAAAUCUUGUUCGCAGAAUGUAGUCUUUUCGGUCCACGUCAGUCAUGUCGUGGCACUCUUUCUGAGAACCAGAGAGGAUCUGGUCGUUUAUCAGCUUAUAAUAGUGUGUUGGGCAUCGUGCUGCCCAUGUGGGGACAAGUGUCCCUCCAUUGGUCACCCUGCAAUUAUGGCAAAUUCCAGCAGAAAGCCAUUUUCCCUGCCUGCCUGAAAAUGUAUAACAGAUGAUUGGAGUCACUGGAUGGGACACACUUCUUCAGCUGCCACGAGGCACCAUGUUCCUCUGAGAAAAACAGGGUGGAUCUGUUUGCAGCUCUUGUUAAUACCAUUUCUCUUCAACAGAUAUCCUUGAAGCAUCAUUAGAGCCCAGUAAGUAAAACAGAACAUAAUUAAUUAGUUUGGUGUAUCCCAGAAAUGGUUAUCUACUUUUAGUAUCCCGGAACAUAAUUAAUAAGUUGUGUUAUGUUUUAUUGUAAGAAAUGGUUAUGUACUUUUUAUCUCUCAGAAUAGAUCAAUCUAAGGUUAUUGUUAACUUCAUUGGUACAAAAAAUUUCUAUUCAUCUCUGUCAACCCUUGAACAUUUAUAAUGCAACUUUUAUGUUCAUUUUGUUUCACGCCAUUUCAUCUAUAUAUCUAGCUGCACAUUGUGGAUGGUAUCUAGCAAUGUAACCCCAUUCCAUGUGGCCUCCACAUCAUCUAGUUAGUGAGACAAGAGGUGCAGAAGCAUAACAAUAAAAAAGCCCAGCCAAUCUCCUACACUGCACUACAGCAUGUCAUGUCAGUAUACAACCCCAACAUGCAACAUGCAGUAGCCCAGGGGGGCUGUCUGUCACAUGGCCACCCUAGGCAAAUGUGUGCAGUGAACACACUUCCAGGCUAAUCAAUCAUGCAUGCCCAUAUCAUUUGCUUUGCUUAAUCUUUCUCAUUUUAGCCUACUAAUCAAUACCGCUUCUCGUGUGAUGACACAGCUAAGAUCUAAUCCUCACGCUUAAACAAUCAAUCAAUCAAGCAAGUUGGGCUGAAGAGAUCUAAACUACUGGCCUGGUACUUGUAGCAGUGUUCAACUUUUUCGCUUUGACCCCAACCGCACGCACCUAAUCAAGAUUCUUGCACUUGGUUAUAGCCACUAACCAGAACAUGCACUGUGAUGUUAUUCUAUCUCCCACAUGUGGUGUUAACUACUCCCUCCGUUCCCAAAUACUUGUCUUUCUAGGCAUUUCAAAUGGACUCAACAUACGGAUGUAUGUAGACAUAUUUUAAAGUGUAGAUUCACUCAUUUUGCGCCGUAUGUAGUCACUUGUUGAAAUCUCUAGAAAGACAAGUAUUUAGGAACGGAGGGAGUAGUAACUAGUGCUGAUGCCAGCUUGGCAGACACUUCCCAUUGGCCCUGGGCAUCAUGUUGCCACAAUUAUAUGCUCAUGUUACUAGUUAAUCUCUUGUCUGUGUAUUUUUUGCUGUCAGAAGGGAUCUCGAUAGGUUGCAACUGGGAGUACAAUAUGCG